AUGCCUCCUCGAAAGUCAACGUCGUCUAUACCGCCGACGGACGGCGAGGAAGGCAGCGCGGGCAUGCAAAGCACAGAACAGCAACUAAAAGCUCAGGCCGAAGGGGUCAGUGUCGAGGUAACCAAACAACACAAUGGUCUUACAAAAGUUUCAAAAUCACAUUUGCUGACCAAGUUUCCCAAACACAAAAAGGACCUGCUUCUUCCUCGCUCUGUAACGCAGCGUCUGGCCAAAAGCGUACUGCCGCCCAACACGACGAUUCAAAAAGAUGCCCUUUUAGCGAUCCAAAAGGCAGCGACGGUUUUUGUUUCCUACCUAUCUUCACAUGCAAAUGAUGCGACGCUCAAACGGACCAUUGCGCCGUCCGACGUUUUAUCUGUUCUCUCCGAACUCGAGUUUGACUCGCUGCAUCCUCGCCUCGAGCGAGAACUAGAAGCCCACACCGAAGCACAGGCAGGCAAGAAGCGGGCAACCAAGGAAAAGAAAGAAGCUGCUGCAUCCGAAGGCAACCCAGAAAAUGCGUCGAUGGUGUCAACCACAGGCGAGGCCAAGGGCGGCGACAAUCAAGAAACAGGAAUCCGGGAAAAGAAACGCGUGAAACGGGACAGUGACGGACAGGAAAAGACGGUUCCGACGACGGACGACACUGAGGUUGAAGAAGAGCCAGACGACGACGAAACUGAAGAGGCCGAGGACGAGGACGAGGAUGACGAGGAAGAAGAAGAGGAGGAAAGUGAUGGGGGUGACGAGACGCAGGAGGCUGAGGAUCUCGAUCGGGUCGAGGGCCCUGAUCAAAGGGACCGUCAGGUAGAGGCAAACAGUGACAGCGAGGAAGAUGAGGAUGGACCGGCGGCGCAGUUGCGUUCGAACAUGGGACUGGGCUAG